AUGUAAAUGCGUGUCUUUAUAUAAUUUUUCUUAAUCUUCUUAUAAGUAGAGAGGCUUAUAAAUGCGCUACCUUCCUAUAUCCCUAGUAAACAAGUUUAAAUAAAUCAAGUAUAUGUUGUGUAAUAUGGUGAUGGUUAGUUAAGUGCUGAUACUGACUAAAAUAUUGUCACUUAAGUUACGUUUCCUAAGCUAUUUAAUAGAGUGCCUUAAGUUUUAUUAGCAACUUUUGACUUGGACCUAGAUGGAACAAAAAUUUUGAACUCUAACUGGUAACUUACAACACAAGGUAUAUCUAAAACGGGUUUCUCAUCAAAACUAAUUAAAAAGGGUCUGUAGCAUAUUUAUACUUUGGGAUAUUAUUAUUUAGCAAUAGACAGCGAUGAUGUUUAUAUAUUUAGUAACUAAGUUGCAUUUUUCAAAGCAAAUGCUAUAGUUGUUAAUGGAAAACUUGUUUAAACCUUUACUAUUUCAUAUUAAAGAGUCAUAGACACUACUAAAACAAAACGAAUAAUGACUGCGUUUUAUACUGGUUAUGACUAAACAACUACUGAUAACUCUCAAGCAAAGCUUAGUAUAUUUUUAGAAAUAAUUUAGCUUUAAGAUUAUGCUUAGUUAAUAAUAACAUCUGAAUAAACUAAUAAUUAUAUGGAUCUUGUAUUCUAUAAUUAUAUGGAAUACUAUGAAGACAUAGACUAGAAUUUCCUUGUUUUGGAAUCCUUUGAAGAAAGGGUAUUUUAAGCCGUUCCUGUUAAUUCAUCAUUGAAUAGUAAUAAAAUAGAUAGAUUGUAGUCUGUUUCUCCUUUUUAUACUAAUAUAGGUAGCAUUCAAGGUAUUUUAUGUGGUUUAAGUGGCUUAUAAAUUCCACCAAAAAAUGAAGUUCUAAGAUUAACUAUAUAAAACAUAAAUUUUUUAAAUAAUUACCUAAAUUAUCAGUAUGAAACAUGGCAAGACACUGUAAUAUAAGGAGUUACAUCUAAUGUUCUUGUGUUUAAACAGUUAGAUUGCAAUAUUUAUUUUAACUUUUAAUGUGUUAACUCUUGUCCUUCUCAUUACUUUAUGUAUUAUGAUCAAGUUAAAGCUGUUAAUUUAUGCUAGAAAUGCUAUACCCUUUGCAGUGAAUGCUUAGGCUAAUUAGCUAGAUAAUGUACUAAGUGUUUUCCUGGGUUUAUAUUAUCAAAUGGUAGUUGUAUCUGUCCUGAAAAUUAGCUGCUCUUAUCUGAUAACACUUGUGGGUGUUCUGAGAAUUAUGAAUUGGUAUAAGGAAAAUGCUAAGAAAAAACAUAUUUUAGUGGAAAAACAGUAGAAUUGCUAAAUAAGAGUGCUGAUGUGAUGAGUAAAACAGCUAUAACCGUUACAGGAAUCCUUACAGGUAUUUCUAGUUUUACAAAAAGUGAUAAUAGAAACAAUUAUCACAACAAUUUUAAGACCUUUUUAAAAUAAAAUUGA